UCAGACAGCUGUGGAUCAUGACAAACCUGAAACUGUUGUGACUGACGAGGGCAACGACCAAACAUACAAAAAUCCAAACUGAACCACAGAAUCCUCACAGUGUUGCAUGUUAGGACUUCUUGGUUAUUCCUGAAUGGCAACUUUUCUUUUGGGGAGCAUGACGUUUGCUUGUCAUCAUGGAUGCUCUCAUCUCCUGAGCAAAACAUGUUGCCUUCAAGAGAACCGAUGUUAGAUUACCUCCGGGUCAGUGAACGAGACUGAAGGAAAUACAUGGAGUGAUGCCAAAAAGGAGACAAGAAGGAUCUAAGAAGCACCUUUGACACUGCUGAACAUCUGGAGUGAUGGUACAGAAAAUGGUCGAGGUUAGAGAGUGUCAUCACAUCGGAGGGAGGAUUAGAGGGGAGAGGUUGUCUUCCAGGAGCUGUGUGGUCCCCCCUCUACUCUUUAAGUUAAAAUCCCAGCGCCAAGACACAAUCCCACUUUAUGAGUGAAGGGAGAUCCGAGGAAGAACCAGAGGAUACAAACUAAGAGAGGAAUUCUGGGCUUGCCUCUCACUCAGCCUGCAUUCUGCUCCUCUGCUCUUCAGUCCUCCAAGGCCGUGAGGGAGUGACCAGACUGCUUCUCUACUCCCUUCCACCUCCCCAUUAAUCCUCCCGCCAGCCCAUCGUGGGGCCUGUUGCAUUGGACACCAUGCUGAUUCAGUGGCUGUCCUGGUUGACCCUGUUGUGUCUGGAUUGGACUCCAGGCAGCUGGGCUUUCACCACCACCCGAGCUCAGGGCCUCAGGGGUCGCAUCCAGAGGGACCGCAGAAACAUCCGACCAAAUAUCAUCCUCAUCAUGACCGACGACCAAGAUGUUGAGCUGGGCUCUCUACAGGUGAUGAAUAAAACUCGCAAGAUUAUGGAAGACGGCGGCAUGACCUUCACCAACGCUUUCGUCACCACGCCCAUGUGCUGCCCGUCACGGUCCUCCAUGUUGACGGGGAAGUACGUCCACAACCACAACACAUACACCAACAACGAGAACUGUUCUUCGCCAUCCUGGCAAGCUCAGCAUGAACCUCGCUCCUUCGCGGUCUACCUUAACAACACAGGCUACAGGACAGCUUUCUUUGGCAAAUACCUCAAUGAGUACAAUGGAAGCUAUAUCCCUCCUGGGUGGCGCGAAUGGGUCGGAUUGGUCAAAAACUCCCGCUUCUAUAAUUACACCGUCUGCCGGAACGGCUACAAAGAGAAACACGGCGCAGACUAUGCCAAGGAUUAUUUCACAGAUCUGAUUACCAACGACAGCAUUAACUUCUUCCGCAUGUCAAAGAAGGUGUACCCCCACCGGCCUGUGAUGAUGGUCAUCAGCCACGCCGCUCCUCAUGGCCCGGAAGACUCAGCGCCGCAGUAUGCCGACCACUUUCCGAAUGCUUCACAGCACAUCACCCCCAGCUAUAACUACGCCCCCAACAUGGACAAGCACUGGAUCAUGCAGUACACGGGUCCCAUGAAGCCAAUCCACAUGGAGUUCACCAACUUUCUACACCGGAAAAGACUGCAGACGCUGAUGUCUGUGGACGACUCAGUGCAGAGGAUUCAUGACAUGCUGGCAGACACCGGAGAGCUGCAGAACACCUACAUCAUCUACACAGCAGAUCAUGGCUACCACAUUGGACAGUUUGGGCUGGUCAAGGGGAAAUCAAUGCCUUAUGAUUUCGAUAUUAGAGUUCCAUUCUUCCUAAGAGGACCCAACGUGGAACCAGGGACAGUAAACCCACAUAUGGUGCUCAACAUCGACCUCGCUCCCACAAUCCUCCACAUUGCUGGGCUGGACACACCUCCAGACAUGGAUGGAAAGUCCAUCCUGAAGCUGCUGGAACAAGACCGCACUGGGAACAGAUUCAAACCCAACCGGAAACCCAAAGUCUGGAGAGACACAUUCCUGGUGGAGCGAGGGAAGAUUCUGAGGAAGAAGGAAGACUCCUUGAGUACUCAGCACACCAACAGCCUACCAAAGUACCAGAAGGUCAUAGAAACCUGCCAGCUGGCUGAACUGCAAACACCAUGUGAACAGCCGGGACAGAAGUGGCACUGUGUUGAGGAAAUCGCAGGAAAAUUGAGGAUCCAAAAGUGUAAAGAUGGCUCCAAAGAAGGUACCGGCAAGAGGACCCGCAGCCUGAAGCCUGGCAGCAGCUAUGACAACAGAGAGAAGGUCUGCGACUGCGAGGACACUUUGUACAAACCGUCCAGGAUGGACCGGCGCUCCCACAGACAGUUAUCUUCCUCAGGAGGCCAGCGUUACCGUCCUCGGUUUGUCCACACACGGCAUGCUAGAUCCCUCUCCGUGGAGUUCGAGGGUCAGAUUUAUGAUAUCGACCUGCAAGCGGAUGACCCAUCGUCCGUCCGCCGCCGUGUCAUCUCCAAACGCCACUUCAACCCAGAGGACCUGGACUACGACGUGGAGUCGGACGACGGCUCAGAGGAAAUGCUGGCAGAUGACACAAAUGCAGUGGGAUACCCCAACUCUGUCAAAGUUACCCACAAAUGCUACAUCUUGAUGAAUGACAGCGUUCACUGUGAGAGAGAGAUCUACCAAUCUUCUAAAGCCUGGAAAGAUCACAAGAGCUACGUGGAUCAAGAGAUCGAGGCACUUCAAGACAAAAUCAAGAACCUCCGAGAGGUCAAAGGUCACUUGAAGAGGACACGACCUGACAAGUGUGACUGUGGAAAAGGUUACUACAAUAAAGGACUCAGAAAGAACACUGACAGACUGAAGGGCAGGCCUGAUCAGCUCCACCCGUUCAAGGAGGCCGUUCAGGAGAGCGACGGGAAAGCCCAGCUGUACAACGAAAUCCGCAGGAGGAAGAAGGAGAGGAAGGAGAAGAAACGACAGAGGAAAGGAGACGACUGCAGCCUGCCGGGCCUCACUUGCUUCACACAUAAUAACGACCACUGGCAGACCCCUCCCUUCUGGACAUUGGGUGGAUUCUGUGCAUGCACCAGCUCCAACAACAACACCUACUGGUGCCUGCGAACAAUCAACGAGACCCACAACACGCUCUUCUGCGAGUUUUCUACUGGAUUCUUGGAGUACUUUGACCUCAACAGCGACCCCUAUCAGCUGGCCAACACCGUAUACGCGGUGGAUCGGGACGUCCUGAACACGCUGCACGCUCAGCUCAUGGAGAUGAGGAGCUGUCAGGGGUACAAGCAGUGUAACCCCCGCCCUAAAGGCUCAGAUGCAGCAGCACACAGCCAGCAUGGGCAGGACGACAGGGUUAAGCUGCCCAACUUGACAGACGAGGAGGUGAACUGGCAGGAACUGGAGGAUUUGUACAGCAUCAACGAAAGCCUGUAUGAGCACAGGCCUGACUACGACCCCAGCCCAGACAACUGGGCCAACUUCCAGAAGGACGCAGAUAAAAUGUUUGCCCUGCGACACGUUUUGAACAAACUCAACCAAACCUGGAAGCUUGACGACUCCCCCCUGCCAGAGCUGGGCUCUGGGGCCGGGGGUGGGAGCCUUGAGGAGGGCAGCGGAGAAGAGUCCAGCAGCGACGCCUGGCCAGGAAUGGUAACGGAAACCGGUCUCGCCACCCCCGCCCCCAGCAGAAACCUGUCAGAACCCCCACCGCCAGAGCAGAGGCUGGGCCCGGCUGGAAAUGACCUUCCUGAGAAAUCUGUACACAGGCUGGAGGGGGCUUUCGUUCCUCUGGUGACGGCGGAGGAGAGAGACGGAGUCCUCCUCCGCAGUGAUGUGUGGGUGCAGCAGCUGGAGGACUUGGACGGAGGAAUGUUCAGCGGAAACGGACUGACGGAGCUGGAGACCCGACACGACAGCCUGCUGCGUACCCACAACAGCCUGCAGUUAGAACCCGGCUCGGUCCAGAGAGGUUCCGCCGGUCCCCACCUGGACCCCGAAGAAGAAGAAGAGGACAUUUUCAAGGCCCAAGGCUUUCUUCCUUUCUCCUCGCAGACACUGAGGCCAAAGGUGGAGGCCAACACCCCCACCCCCACACAGACCAGCCCCACCAGAGGUGUUGGGGUGGAGCUUGAAGCUCCGCCCCAUUCAGCUCUGUCACUCGACUUGAACUAUGAGGGCAGUGGCUCUCCGCCCUCCAAUCAGACUCUCUGAUCAGCCACCGCGGUGACAAUAGACACUAACAGUCCGAUUUGCAUCCUGCAUAUCAAAUUUAUUUUUUUAAUUGAUGCCUACAUUUAUUAGUAAGCAGUGUUCUUGAUGUUUUCUGUUUUUAUUAAUAUAUAUAUAUAUAUAUUUAGAAAAGGAAACGCCUUAAUGCAGCCAAACGUAAGACUUGGCAAUAAAACAACGUAUUUCUAAGACAAAAAAUGAGCUCAACGGUGAUGUCGUCUCCGCUGGAAAAUGCCUGAUGACUAAAAACUGGUGAAAAAUCCUCAACGCACUUUGGAGCUACAGAGUCUGUGAGAACGACGAUUAUAACUUUAAAAGAAAUAAAAAGGUUUCUGAAAAAAAAUCAUGCAGAAAAACCAAAAUACUGUUUCAUUUUGAGCACAUUUUUUUCCUGUUUCUAAAGCUUCAGUCUGUUUUAUUUUGAAGUUAAUAUUAAUGGAAGAACUUAAAAAGUCAGUGAUGGAAAAUGUCCAAUCUGUGAGAAUGUUUUUUUUUGUUGACUAUCAUGUGCCGUCUUAUUCAGAUCAGAAGUGAAAUUUGUUGCAGAAAUUGCUUAAAACUCCAAAGUCCUUUAAAAAUGUUCUGUCCCCAUCUCCUGGUUUUAAGUGUGUGGCCUCCUUUUGUUGACAAAAGCGUCUCAUUUCCAGAAAGCCAUUAAGAAAUAAAACCCCGUCGGCCUUGUCCAAUCAA